CGAAAAGGCAAAAUAAAUAAUCGAGGAAAAUACAGCUCCAGGAAUCUCUCUCCCUCUCUUCUUCCCAUCGCUCUCGUCGUCUGCGCAAAUCUCCUCGCUCAGCCUUAGGGUUUCUCCAUCCCGUCCGCUGCAUUGUCUGCUUCCUUGCUUCGGUGUUCAUCUGAAGUUGGGCUGUACAAUGGAGCGUAAGGUGAUUGAACUUGACCAGGGAUGGGACUACAUGCAGAAGGGGAUCACGAAGCUGAAGAGGAUUCUGGAGGGAUCGGUUGAGCAAUUCAAUUCCGAGGAAUAUAUGAUGCUUUACACAACUAUCUAUAAUAUGUGUACACAGAAGCCUCCUCAUGAUUACUCUCAGCAGCUUUAUGAUAAAUAUAAGGACUCGUUUGAAGAAUACAUUAGUUCCACUGUACUGCCAGCUAUUAGGGAGAAGCAUGACGAGUUUAUGCUGAGGGAACUUGUGAAAAGAUGGGCCAAUCAUAAACUCAUGGUUAGGUGGCUGUCUCGGUUCUUCCAUUAUCUUGAUCGUUACUUCAUUGCUCGGAGGUCACUUCCAGCACUUAAUGAAGUUGGCCUUACCUGCUUCCGCUCUCUGGUGUAUACGGAAAUAAGUGGCAAAGCCAGAAAUGCUGUCAUCGUUCUUAUCGAUAAGGAACGUGAGGGAGAGCAAAUUGACAAAGCUCUGUUGAAGAACGUCUUGGACAUUUUUGUCGAGAUUGGGAUGGGGCAAAUGGAUUGCUAUGAGGUUGAUUUUGAGGCCCCUAUGCUGGAAGAUACAGGCGUUUACUACAGCCACAAGGCAUCAAACUGGAUUGUGGAUGACUCUUGUCCAGCAUACAUGUUGAAGUCCGAGGAAUGCUUGAAGAAGGAAAGAGACAGAGUUGCACAUUAUCUGCACUCAAGCAGCGAGACUAAAUUAGUAGAGAAAGUACAACACGAACUGCUAGUGAACUUCUCCACUCAGUUGCUUGACAAGGAGAAUUCUGGGUGUCGUGCUUUGCUGAGGGAUGACAAGGUCGAUGACCUUUCCCGGAUGUAUAGGCUUUAUCAUAAGAUACCUAAAGGCCUAGAUCCUGUUGCAACCAUAUUCAAGCAGGUACUCAUCAUGUAUAUUUUACAGCACAUUACUGCCGAAGGGAUGUUACUGGUACAGCAGGCUGAAGAUACUGCGAGUAACCAGCCCACAAGUGGUGGUGUUCAAGAACAGGUGCUGAUAAGGAAGGUGAUUGAGCUCCAUGAUAAGUAUCUCGCUUACGUGAGCGAUUGUUUCCAGAACCAUACUCUGUUUCACAAGGCUAUGAAAGAGGCGUUUGAAAUCUUCUGCAAUAAAACUGUUGGUGGAAGUCCUAGUGCUGAACUUCUGGCAACAUUCUGUGAUAACAUCCUCAAGAAAGGAGGCAGUGAGAAACUUAGUGAUGAAGCUAUUGAGGACAUAUUGGAGAAGGUCGUCAAGCUGCUUGCAUAUAUUAGCGACAAGGACUUGUUUGCUGAGUUCUACAGGAAAAAGCUUGCUCGUCGCCUGCUCUUUGAACGCAGUGCUAAUGAGGAGCAUGAGAAGAGCAUUCUGACGAAGCUUAAGCAGCAAUGUGGUGGACAAUUUACUUCAAAGAUGGAAGGAAUGGUCACUGAUUUGACACUGGCAAAGGAUAAUCAGAACGAGUUUGAGAAUUAUCUUUCUAAUAACCCAAAUGCGCACCCGGGUAUCGACUUGUCAGUCAAUGUUCUUACAACUGGAUUCUGGCCAAGCUACAAGUCUUCUGAUUUGAACCUUCCUUCGGAGAUGGUUAGGGGCGUUCAAGUAUUCAAAGAGUUCUACGACACAAAAAGUAAACAUAGGAAGCUAACAUGGAUUUACUCCCUUGGGUCUUGUCAACUAAUCGGCAACUUUGAAGCCAAAAAAAUUGAGAUGGUUGUCUCAACUUAUCAGGCUGCCAUACUUCUAUUGUUCAACACCUCAGACAGGCUCAGCUACUCUGAGAUUAUGACCCAGUCAAACUUGGGUCAUGAUGACUUGGUCCGAUUGCUGCAUUCUCUGUCAUGUGCCAAAUACAAGAUCCUUAUUAAGGAACCAAGUUCAAAGACGGUUUCCCCGAAUGACAUCUUCGAGUUCAACCCGAAGUUCACCGACAGAAUGAGGAGGAUCAAGAUUCCACUUCCAGUUGUGGAUGAAAGGAAGAAGGUUGUUGAAGAUGUUGACAAGGACAGGCGAUAUGCAAUAGAUGCAGCCAUCGUUCGCAUAAUGAAGAGCAGGAAGGUUCUUGGUCAUCAGCAGUUGGUCUCGGAGUGUGUGGAGCAGCUCAGCCGCAUGUUCAAGCCGGACAUCAAAGCUAUCAAGAAGCGGAUGGAAGACUUGAUUGCCCGAGACUACCUGGAGAGGGACAAGGAGAACGCCAACCUGUUUAGGUAUCUGGCUUAAAUAACGGCAGAUAUCAGCAUCUUUGCUGGAGACGAUAUGAAGAAGCGAGAGGGAUGGCGAGGGAGCUCUGAACAGUGCUGCAUAUAUAGUUCAAGAUUGACUUGUUCUUAAUUACCCAAAAAAUUGUUUGAUGUAAAUGGCUGUAGUAGGAAAGUGCCCUCUUUUCUUUCUAGGUAAACAGACUAGAAAUCUACUGGGAAGGAUUUCUUCUUCUUUUGAGUGCCUGGCUUCUUUGACAAGCAGUUUUGUGAGAUAGGUCCUUCCUACUUAUCUCUUUCUCCCUUCUACGUUGAUUGGUUGCAGUUGCAGACUUAUUGAUGACGCAAAAUAUGUUGAUAUGGAAAAUGGAAAACUGGGGGAAGAAAUUCAAGGGGUCGUUUGGAAGUUGCGAUUGUUUUGUUGAGAUUGUCAUUAUGUAUGUAUUGUUUACAAUGUAUCGUUUUUUUUAUUUUUUUUAAACGAAACAAUACAUGGAUUGUUUCUGUGAUGUGACAGAAACUAUCACUCAUUUUGAGUGAUUGUUAUAUCUCAACUUUUAGUU